GGGAUGCACAUUUGGGGGUUCCCCAUGGGGUGCCCCGGCUCGGUGUGUGGCCGUGCAUUUUGGGGUUCCCCACGGGGUGUCCAGGCUCAGUGUGUGGCCGUGCAUUUGGGGGUUCGCUGUGGGGUGCCCCGGCUCGGUGUGUGGCCAUGGAUUUGGGGGUUCCCCAUGGGGUGCCCCGGCUCGGUGUGUGGCUGCCCUGCAGGCGAUGUGUGGGGCCGUGGGGCUCUGUGUGGGGCCGUGGGGCUCUGUGGGGCCAUGGGGCUCUGUGGGGCCGUGGGGCUCUGUGUGGGGCCAUGGGGCUCUGUGUGGGGCCGUGGGGCUCUGUGUGGGGCCAUGGGGCUCUGUAUGGGGCCAUGGGGCUCUGUGUGGGGCCAUGGGGCUCUGUGUGGGGCCGUGGGGCUCUGUGUGGCCGUGGGGCUCUGUGUGGGGCCGUGGGGCUCUGUGUGGCCGUGGGGCUCUGUGUGGGGCCGUGGGGCUCUGUGUGGGGCCAUGGGGCUCUGUGGGGCUGGGGCUCUGUGUGGGGCCGUGGGGCUCUGUGGGGCCGUGGGGCUCUGUGUGGGGCCGUGGGGCUCUGUGGGGCCGUGGGGCUCUGUGUGGGGCCAUGGGGCUCUGUGUGGGGCCGUGAGGCUCUGUGGGGCCGUGGGGCUCUGUGUGGGGCUGUGGGGCUCUGUGUGGGGCCAUGGGGCUCUGUGUGGGGCCGUGGGGCUCUGUGGGGCCAUGGGGCUCUGUGGGGCCGUGGGGCUCUGUGGGGCCGUGGGGCUCUGUGUGGGGCUGUGGGGCUCUGUUCCCACCAGGAGUGCUGA